ACUUGCGCAUGUACAACCUUUGUUAAAGUUUGUCUGAUUCGCGCGUGCCUCUUUAUUCUAGCUCACAUAAGCCAGCCAUUUUUACCGGCUGUUUCCGAAUAUCUACAGAGGGCUACAUUCGAAUGCCUGGCUUUUAGUUUGUCGUCUACUAUCUAGGUCAAAAGAGGUCUUCGCAUCUAUAGCUAUAUUUCGUUCUUUCGUCUAGAAGUCUAGGCGAAGACUAUUCAUACUUGUAGAAAAAUAAGCUUCUCCGCUACGGCCCUGUGAUUGAGGUUAUUAGAGAUGGAUACUCGUGACCACCGCGCGUGGAAAGGCUAUCGGCCGCUGUCAACUGAUAUGCCGACGGAAGAAGAAAUAGCACUUUCAGAGGAGCUCGAAUACCUUUUGAAAAAUGAGUACAAACAGUUUGAAACGGAAACAGAAGUGAGUCGACGCAAGGACGUUUUAGGACAAUUGGCAUUGCUGGUAGAGGAAUGGGUGAGAAAUGUAUAUGAAAAAAAGGACCUACUUGAAAGCUAUUCGCCCUCUACGGGUGCACAAAUUUUCACAUUUGGUUCUUUUCGCCUUGACGUUAAUUCACCUGGAGGCGAUAUUGAUACUUUGGUUUUAUGUUCGGAACACUUGUCUAGAGAGGAUUUUUUUGAAGAUUUUGUCGAAUUGCUCAAGAAUCAUAGCGAAGUUAGUGAGCUGACGUGUGCGCCCGAGGCAUAUGUUCCAGUCAUCAAUCUGUCUUUUUAUGGAACUUACUUGGAUUUACUUUUUUCAAAGCUGCAGCAAUCCUCGAUUCCUGCCACGCUGAACCUGAUGGAUGACAAAAUCUUGGAACUCGUAGACGAUGACUUGAGUGUUCGAUCUAUCAAUGGAAGACGGGUAACAGAUCAGAUUUUGAACCUUGUUCCCAAUCAUCUUACGUUUCGGCUCGCUUUACGCUGCAUCAAACAAUGGGCGAAGGCGAGAAAUGUAUAUAGCAACGCGUUGGGGUUUCUUGGCGGCGUGUCCUGGGCAUUGCUCACGGCUCGAGUCUGUCAAUGGUACCCAAAUGCCGCACCUUCGGUAAUUAUAUCUCGUUUCUUUCACUUGUAUUCACAGUAUCAGUGGGACUAUGACCACCCGAUUGAACUGACUCCCACUCGUGAGGGUGGCCGUUAUGCAAAGAUGGUUUGGAACGUUGGAAAUGACUCCCGUUUGAUGAAUCGUAAGGUACACAUGUAUGUGAUCACGCCGGCGUAUCCUGCCCAAAAUUCGACCAACAAUGUUAGCCGCUCGACUCUUAGGAUCAUGUGUGCCGAAUUCAAGCGUGGAGCCGAGAUUACUGAACAAAUUUUUACGUCAAAAAAGUCUUGGAAUCUUUUGCUUGAACCCUCUUACUUCUUUGGCAUGUAUAAAUUUUAUUUAGAAAUAGCGUGUAUGGCCAAUAAAGAGGAUAUUUUAAGAAGCUGGCUUGGAUUUAUUGAAUCCAGACUGCGGGUUUUAGUCACUUCACUUGAAAAAAACGCACACGUUCUAGUAGCGCAUCCAUAUCCUAAGUACUACACAAAGCCAAUACCGAGUGAUUCUAAAUGGAAAUUCAUUUCUUCAUUUUUUAUGGGACUGGAUAUUCAAGCUAACUUACCUUGUUCGUCACAAUCAGGCGAGCAAAAACAUCAGACAUCUAUUAAUUUAAAUCCAGCUGUUCAAGAAUUUAAUCUUCAUAUUGCCGAUAAACGACCAGACCGAAACCGAACACUCUGGGAUGCAGACGUAAUCAUCAACUACAUAAAACGAGUCAAACUUCCAGAUUGGCUGUUCGUAGAAGAUUCUCGACCUGUACCAAGAAAGUGCAAAAGACCACAGUAUUUUCAAUCUCCGCAGCCUCCUUCCAAAAAGAGCGCCCUCUCGGAACGAAAAACGCCCAGCCCGACUGGUGAAAAAGCGUCGAAACCGCAACCAGUCGAAUGUGAUAACAGCACGAGUAAUAACGCCCCUGCGUCUAGUAAUAAAUUCAAUAACUCCAAUGAUGUCUCUAAAGAGGAAGCACCCUCAUCAACAACUACUAACAACGGCCUUCAACAACAGGAAAAUAGUGAAUAUCCUCAACAGCAUGUACUAGCAAUUCAAGACAUUCCUGAUUUUGACCCAUUUCAAUUCGUCAAUUCACCUCUCCAGCUUCAGCGCAAUUCCGCGCAACCAGCCAGGCGACCUAUUCUGAACCUCGACGGCCUCUUGUCCAGUAACAAAAGGUAGUGCAUCGCUGCCCGUUUCAAUGUCACGUCCUGUCGAUCUAGCCUCAAACCUUUUUUUUGGCGCCAGUACUUUUCUGAAAUGUACGUAACUGAGAAAAAGCUUUGCGCCUAACUCAAGAUUAUAUUAAUUCGACAGUUGAUUCAGCUUGCAUCUAUCCUGAGCAUUUAAUGAUCACCUUCCGACAAACUUGUCAUUCUAAAAGAACAUUAUCGCGACGGAAGUAACAUUGCAAACCUAGGGAUAAGAGAGCCCACCUUAAAAAAGAUGACAUAACGCGCGGUACCAGAUAAAGCCUACGCUGUUUUUAUUGUACUACUUUCCCCAUACGCAUAGCGACCAGUAUUUCGAACGAAAUCUCUGCCUACAGACGACCAGAGUCAUGUUCUCGCUUUGUUUCGUCAAUUCACCCAGUUUUUUUAUGCUCCCGUAUACACGCAGACCGGCAGAGCUGUUUAUUUUAUAAAACGAGGACUUUUUAUACACAGAAUUGGUUUUAUUCCGCUUUUUUUUUUGACACCCUCUCAAAACACCUCGCCAAUGAUACCAAGCAUAUUCUCUUGCGGUAUUGAAGCACGAGGUGCUCAAAAACAGAAGCCGACCGUUGUUUUAUGAGUGAAUCAAAAGUUCUUAAUGCGACUUCCAGACGCGACAGGUUUUCGCACGUGAAUAGGUAAUAAUUGUGUAUAUGUAUAUACAUGUAGAUGGAGUGUCAAAGGCGUCCGGAACUAGAGAAGCAAGUGAAAUGCGCGCACCUGAAUCAGGCCGUUGUCAGCCAGUAAAUCAGAGCAAUCCUUUCUGAGGUAUAUUUAGGCAUAAGUCUGAGACAGGAAGUUAGAUAAUGUCCUAAGUUAAAGAAUUCAAGCUAGUGUGGCGCAGAUAAACACUAUUGCUUUUCUGGGCGCAAACAGACUCAAACGUUCUGAAACACUCUGGUUCAAUAAAAGGUCGAUAGAUAGACGCAUUCUACAAACCGACUCAAAGCGCCGCAAUUACUGCUUCAUCACGUUUCUUAUCGAUCAAAAUGGCGAAUUACCUGCUACGUGCGAAGAAUAAAUACUAGGAUAAAGAGAUGGCCUUAGUGCUAUUGUUUUUGCCAUGUUUUCGUUUUCAUUAAUCAUGCUAAUGCCGACCAAGGAUUGCGUUUAGAUGUUUGGAUUUUAAGAACAAAUGGUACGUGUCCCUCUCUAUCGCUACGUAGGCCAUAUACCACUCGGUCACUCAAGUGCUUAGAGGCUUUGAAUUCAAUCCUAGAGGAAUUGCAGUAAUUUGCCAUGGCCGAGAUAUUUGGUUUGAACCGAAGGGCUAACGAUAAACCUGUUAAACCAAAUAUGGCAUCGACGCACGCAUAAGCAACUGAUUUCGGAUUAAAUACAUCCCUCUAGAUCAAUGCAUUGGCGAAGACAUCUGGAUCAAAGAAGGAUGAAUGCUCUUGAUUAGAAAUCUGCUGAAGUGUCCAGGACUAAUCUCGAAAUUAUUUCUAAUCCGUGUUGGCUUUUCAAAAGACAUCUCAC